UGUAUAUGACACGAAAUUUUUUUUUUCGUUGAUAGCUAGUUCCAUGUGUAUAAUAAACGGUUUGAGAGUUUAAAAUGAAUGAAACAAUUUUUUUGGUCGAUUUUUAGCGCCCGAAACACGCUAAAUUUAUGUGUAAAAUUGUUCCCGGAGACUGGGCCGAGAAUUGGGACUCGUGACGUCAGGUUGUUUGAUCCUAUGAUUGGCAAGGUCAACAACUUUCAGUGUUUUCCUUGUAACACGCUGUGAUUACUCGCUCAAUUCUAUCGUUUCACGCUUCGAAAUGUCCAGCGAUUCCGAGAGUAUUGAGUCGUCUGACUCUAUAGAAAGUAUGGAUUGUGGAAUAAGCGACAGUUCUGAAGAGGAAUGGGGAGUUAUCACUGGUGUGAUAGCUCCAUAUCAAGAUGAGCCGCUCGCGGACGAGAACGACGAAGAAACUGGCGUUUCGAGCGAACAAACCGAUGUUGAUGGACUUACCCCGUCAACUCUGGAGGCUAGAUACGAGAGAACUGUAGACGUAGACUCCUGGUGUCGCUGCAAGCAAUGUAAUACCGGGACGUUAGUUGGUUCCCUGGAGUUUCGAUGUUGCAGAGAGGUAACAAAUUCAUCUGCAAAGAUGGUUUUUGAUGGUUCCAUUGAACGGAUAAAAUGCAUCACACAACACGAGGACUACGAUGCGAUUACAAACCGCGCAGUUCUUCUCCAAGUGGCUCCCUUGUUGAGAAACCAGGAUGGAGGGACUUACCGUCGCCGAGGUGGAAUGUCAGAAAACGAGUUCAUUAGAGCUGUUGCAUACCGAUGGACCACGAGGUGGCAUUGUGGCCACAUGGGCUGGGAUAACAGAAGACCACUACCAGCCUGUGUUUACCAUAAUAUCAGAACAAAAUACCAGUCACAAAAUACCAGAGGUUUUGCUGCUGCUCAUGACAAAGAGUAGCAUGGUACACAUCAUCAAAACUAUGACGUGAUUCUUCUACACUAAUUUCACAUACAGUGUUUUGUGUCUCGGUAAACAACAAUUUUCAAAUUGAUUGUUAUGGGUGGUUGUUUCUAGUUCUAUUGUUUGGUAAUGUAUGGACUGUGAACCAGAAACAGCGUAGGUUCUACAUGCACACGAGUUUGACUACAUUUAAAAUUUCACCUUGUUGUAGGUACAAUGCAAAUAUUGUAAGUUGAUGAGUACAGUACAAUGCAGGCAUGGAAAAUUUGAAGUAAAAAGGAAAAUUGUACUAUGCAGAAUACCUUCCUGUGAAAAAAGUUUGGUCACUUUAUUUUUUGCAAGGGCUUUUGUGACUUCGCAAUGGUUUUUGGCAUAUUGAGCAAUUGUAAGGUCGUCUUGAAGUGGGUUGACUGCUGCUUGGGGUAUUGUCACUGAUAGACAUCUGUACUUUAGCCUGCUCUGCUUCUGUAAAAUAAAUAAAUUUAUUUAAUUAUGU